AUGAUCUCUCUUCUGUUAUUGGGCAUAAUAUGGGGGCAAGUUUUGUCUCAGUCAAGCAUAACCAUUGUUGUUUUAUCACAAAAGUCCGAGUUGCAUGAUAGAUUAACAAACGAUUUGAAAAAAAAUGUUCUGACCAGCAUUAGGAGUGCCGGGAUUAAAGCCAAAGUUUUGAAUACAAUAGACGAUUUCCCCAAUCAUAUAGGUAGCUGGACUAUUUUCCCAAUUCUUCACAGUUUGUAUAAUAACCAUCAAUCGGAAUGGUACUUAUUCGUCGAGCCCGAGACGUCAGUCUCCUUAGCCGGACUGGCUAGUUUUAUAUCAUCCGAAGACCCAAAACAUUCUUCUUACUUUGGGUUUGCUUUGCAAGAUACAUCGCCUACUAUAAUUCAUCACUUCCACGGGUUUGAUAGACAGGAUGAUCAAAUGACUUACCCUGAUUGGUCGGCGGGUAUGCUAGUGUCUGGGGCUUUGUUGAAGAGAAUCGUAGAAGAGACUGAGGAUAAGAAACAUUUUAGUGGAUUUGCCAUCGAUCCUAAACAUGAGUUCUCUCGGUUUCUGGAAGAAAACCUGAGUGUGAAACUUCAAGCCAGAAACAAGAUAUUCUGCUUGUUUCCUGAAUCUACUUGUAUCACUCAAUAUAAGCAAUACGCAAAUUCUGGAAAUGUUUGUUCAUAUCCUGUCAAUGACAACAACUUCUAUGUUGCUGUGAAGACAUUCAGUGAAUACCAUAGGACGAGAUUAGUUGUUACGAAGAGGACAUGGGCUAAUAGUGUGUUGCAUGUGGACUAUAUAAGUGAUAUAGAAGACCAAUUUGUACCAACUAUCACACUUGGUGUGGAAAAUACUAACAGAGGACAUUGUGCGAAAACGUUUGCCAUCCUGAAUCAUUUCUAUCAUAAUAAUGCACAAAAUAACUUUGAUUGGCUAAUCAUUGCUGAUGAUGAUACACUUUUGAGCAUACCAAGACUCAAAAAACUGCUUCAGUGUUAUAACCCCAAAAAGAAACUAAUAAUAGGCGAAAGAUAUGGGUACGGCUUCGACCAUCAUGGUAGAAGUGGCUAUGAUUACCCCACAGGAGGAUCCGGUAUGGUCUUCUCUCGAACCGCUGUUGAAGAAAUCGUAAAAGGUUGCAGUUGCCCACAAGCUGAUUCACCUGAUGAUAUGAUUCUGGGGAUGUGUGCUGAAUCGAAGAGUAUUCCUUUAAUACACAGUCCAGCUUUCCAUCAAGCAAGGCAUAGAGACUACAGUGAAGAUUACAUUAGGAAAUUACUGCCGAUUUCAUUUCACAAGUUAGAAGAAAUUGAUCCGUACGCAGAUUAUGUUAAUUAUUUGAAAGAUGAUAGCCCUAUAACUCAUACUACUACUACUACUCGGCACACUGAAUUAUAA